CGACAGCAACUGGAUGAUAUGUCGACAUCACUAGACAUGGCUGAUCCAGAUCCAUCGAAAUAUCCACGCCCGAACUUUCGAGAGGCCAUGGAGAUCACUUCCCAACUCGGCCAGAUGGUGGAGCAAAUCAAAUCUUCCUACGACAAUAUCGCUCUCAUUGCACCCGAAGCGCCCAAAGACAAAGACCAUCACUGUGGCCUGCUGAAAGGAUUUAGAAUUGAUACUUUGCUAAAUAUACUGAGGCGUUUCAUAGGAGAUGACCUUCGCUGGGUAUUUGAUUAUUUUAGAUACAGCAUUUCGACUUGGUUGACAGUGGAGGAUUACGAAUCCAACGAAUUUCACCAUAGAAAACUAAUUGCAAAGAAGACUAAGUGCUUCAAGGUUUUGGACUUUCUAGCCCAAUGGUCCAAGAUAUCUGAUUUCGGAAUUGCUCAAAAUGAAUGGCAACUUUCAGUAGAUCGAUUUGACAAGUACUUAGAUAACUUAAUCGUGCGAGUUACUCCGGCAAUCCUAUUCGAAGAGGAGACCGGAGACGUUGAUGAGGCUCGAUCGCAUGCUAGCUCUUCAAGCGGAUCGGGAGACGAACGAGCCGGAGAUAGCUUAUCGAGUACAUCCGAAGGUGAUACACCUGAAACCUCAGCUGAUUCAUCUUUAGCUGAACUUGAAGACAGCGAAUCUGAAGACGAUGGGCAUUUGCCCAGAAGACCAAGUCCAGUCAACUCUUUAAGGCCGGACAUCUUUAAGCUCGCCCAGUUGGCAGUACCGCUCCUCAAACUAGGCAGGAUCUUCUUUUACAAGCUGUUGCCCACCCCAACAACCAAACCACGAUUCACCACCAGUACUCGAUUGAGUUCAGAUGAGAUGUCACCAUUGAUGCGGGAAGUUGUAUCCGUUGGACGUUACCUGUGGCAACUUGGUCAAGAAUUAGCUGGUGCUUAUGAUGGCGCUAGCCUUUAUCAUGAUUCGACCCAGAAAUACCUUGAUACAGUUCUAUAUCAUUUUGAAUUCUCCGUGGAGCUACUGAGUCUUCAUGUGAUACCAUUACCUGCCCAAACCGCAGAUCAUCUAAAAGUCGUGACUCGUGUUCUUAGUGGAAUGGUUUUAGCAUUCAGGAAGAGACUCUUGGCGGGCAAGCAAGGCAAGACCUUGAGAAGAUUGCAGGGGAUGGCUUUGGAUGGCUUUGGCUCAGGACCCAGGAUGCAAGCACCUGAGUGGAGGGAAAUUGGUUUUCGAGGCUCUAGAUCGGUUCUGGGGGACCCUCAGACUCCAACGGGAAGUCCUCCACUACCAUCUACUAGGGUAGCUCACACGCGCGUAAGAGAUGGUUUAAAUGUCAUUUUGAUGUUAAUUGAGUUGGCCGCAGGAACCGAUGGUUUGGGGAAGCCUCUCAAACAAAUUUCCUGGAGGGCCCUACAGAGCUGGCUAGAGCCGAAGAAACCAACUAUUGCGCGUCUCGAACUGAAUACAACUUACGAGUCCCUCGCUUGGCGGAGGGAUGGGAAACGCGCUGGGGUCUCGUGUUCUUCUCCAUUCACGCGCCUCGUAUCAACCCUGUGCCCCUGUGUCGGUGAGGGCAAGGACUAUGGCUCCAGUGCCAGCAUUGUCCGAGCAAUCGCCCGGUGGACUUGCCUAAUCAGUCCGACAGUCCCGCCACCUGGAUACACCUGCCUGGCGUCAGCCGGAUCACUGGGCCCAGUCCCGGAUGAUCAUGCAGGAUGUGGGGUCGGGCAAGGGCGUAGGGCUCAGAAUACGGUACUUGGCAAGCAUGGGAUCGUUGAAGAAAGGAAGGAAUUCAGAAUGCAGUUCGCAAAGAUGGAUGAGUAUAAAUUACAUAAAUCAAAGAACAUGAAGAUGUAG